AUGUACGGUGCGUAUUUUUUGAGAUAACCUACGGAAUUGGCCAGUUCACCUUGCUUUACUUAAUAGUACUUAACAAUAUGUGAAAUUAGGAUUCUUUAAAUAUAUUUUGUAUAUUUAAUACUGUCCUGGAUUGUAGCAUUAAAACUUGUUAAUCUGAUUUUUAAUUCAAGAGAGACUUCAAAAGAUUCCAUAUUUCCUGGAUUCACAAAGUACAGUUUUGUAUAUUAUUAACAGCCAAAUAUUGAAGGAAGUUUUCUCCAGAUUUAGUUCAUUGUUGCCAACAUUAACCAACAUAUACUGUUGUUGACACAGUAUUGUAUCCUUGAAAAAGGAAUAAGACACAAUACUUUGUUUAAAUUGGGUCUGCAGUCUCACAGAGCAUCAUCUGAUUUGAGACAGCAUAUGUCUCUUGCUCUAGAAAGGCAGCUGGUAAAUUCAUACACAUCAUCUCUCAUAUUACCUGGUUCCAACCAAGGAUCUUCUGUACCAGCUAUAAACACAAUACCAAACUUUUCUGCAGUCAAGACAUCAACUAAACAGCAUCCACCUUUGACAGCAAGUAACAGUGUUGCAAAUUGCAAUGCAGCCUCUCACUUAAAAGCUGCGAUCACCAGAGAACAUCGAAAGUUGGAUAGAAGUAUAAGCGAACCUGUAGACAGGUCACAACAAACAGUAAGGCCUGUCCAGUCAAAUUCCAGCAGAUAUAAAACAGAACUGUGUCGACCCUUCGAAGAAAAUGGAACCUGCAAAUAUGGAGAUAAGUGUCAAUUUGCACAUGGUAUUAAUGAACUGAGAACACUUACUCGCCAUCCAAAAUACAAGACGGAACUUUGCCGUACGUUCCAUAGCACAGGUUUCUGUCCAUAUGGCCCGCGGUGUCAUUUUAUACAUAACAGUGAAGAUUCUAAAAAGUGCCUUUUAAACACAUUGCAGAGUAGCACCAGCAUACCAGUAAAUGGUAAUGCAGGGUUAUCAAGUUCAAAAAUUACAUCACAUGGAGCACCUAAAGAUUUAGACAUCUGCAGCUUUAGUAUUGGUUCAGCAGGUGAUCUCUCUCCAACUAGUAGUACGAGUAGUAGUGGAUCUCCAACAUCGUCUCUUGGUGGUUUUUUUGUGGAUGAUAACCCUACAUCGUACAUACCCCAGGUUCCUCAAACAGCACCUCCUACUGUAGGCAGUGGAUUCUUCUUUGGUCCUGAUUAUACGCCCCUGAAACCAUUACCUGCAUUGUCACCUCUGAUUCAGCAGCAAGAAUUUUACCCUCCCCAGCAGGGUUAUACAUCCGACGAUAAUGUAUCUUCGAUCGAUAUGUUGGUGUCCGAAAUGGAUAAUUUAAACUGUCUCGGUGGGACGAGUAGCAAUAUUGACGUCCCAACAAAGCCUCAGGCCAAUAAUACCGAGUUGGAUAUCAAUCGAAAUGUUAUCAGACUUCCUAUUUUCAGCAGGUUAGCUCAUGGUACUUCUCCUUGAAUGCGUAUGUUACCUUUGAUGCUUAUGUUUUUGAAACCCUAAAGACUGAAACCAGUUUGGUUUUCCUUAUGGACGCCAGUGUGGUCUUCACAAUUUCCAAAUUUACAUGCUGGAUAUGGAGUUUGGUCUGCACUCAAAAGUUUUAUUGAAAAUAUAUUUUUAAGCUUUAGAACAUGUAAAUUAACCUCUAUUUAUCUUUUCCAUAUUUAAAAAAACCUCUAUUUUUCAACCCUUGCUUCUUCUGUAUAUUCCACAUUUGCUUUUUUAUUUUUAUUUCUUAGAGAAUAAGAUUUAUUUAAGUGCCUGUUUAUAAAUUGUCUUGUUUUUAAAGCACUUGUGGGUAUGUAUGCAAGGGCAUUAAAGAUUGAAUGUAUUUAUUUUUCCUACCCAGGAUGGUUGGAGUAUUUAUAAAAUAUAAUUUAUGAUUGCCAUUUUUCAUCAUUAAUCAUUGUUACUGACCUAUGCUUAUGUGAUGUUUUAUGCUGCUGUGUGUUGGCAAGAAACAUUUUUUCAUCACAUAUUUUUGUAAAUCCAUUUUAUUCUUGCAAGUGAGCAUUUAAAGCAAGUGAUUAAAAGUUUUUAAGAUCUUUAGCUUUUAUGUGCAUAUUUAUAAUCUUUACUUAAUCUUAAAAUUCUUAGUUCUUGUAUCUUGUAACACAUUCUUUACCUUCAUAAGAAAUGAAGCACUGAUACAUGUAUGUGAUAUAAAUGUUGAGACCGUUUAAUGUGCCUUACCCGCCUCUCCAGAUUAUCUCGAAGGAAUGUCAAGCUUUCGAAGGGACCAGUUUUUAUUGUGCUUUGCUAUUUUAAUGUUGAAUCAUAAACUGAUGCAUUUGUACUUUUUUAAGUUUCAUCUAGCUUUUUCUUGUAUUUAUUAUUUGCAUUUGUAAAGUAAUUCAUGUUUGUGUUAUGUUUAUUGUUAAUUUAAUCAAAUGGUAAAUUCUAAUCGUACUUUUUAAUUUUGAAAGUAUUAGAAUUUAAAUGGUGCUUUUAAGAAUUUUAUUGUAUAUGUAUUGAGUAUUAUCUAUGAGUUUUAAUUUUGCUAAUUUAAAUUGCUUGAAUAGCUGUUCCCAACUAAAUGGUGUUUGAUAGGUUUUAAGAAUAUAAUUCAAAAAUGAAUUUGAAUUUCAUUUUAUGGAAAAAGAAAAUCAUUUACUUUGAGGAAUGUUGUUAUUUUGCAUGAAAUACUCUCAUUUGAUUUGUAUUUAUUAACAAAAUUUACUGCUUGCGAUGUUGAAAUUUCUCGAGGCAGUGUAGAGAUUUUGUAACAUUUUAAAAGAAAAUUUUCAUUUUCAUUUAGAUGCAUUGGAUUUUUUUCACUUAAUUUUUAAAUUGUUGUAGUACUGUAUAUUUGCAAGAGUAAGUGCUAAUAGUUGUGAUAGGAAACAUUCAUUUUUCAUGAAUCUGGAAUGUAAAAGUUAUGCAUGUAAAAAGUACAAACUGUUGUCAUUGGCUUUCUGUGACUGUCGAAACAUUUUUUAUCUAGAGGAGACUGAAUAGUUAUAGAAAAUUUCUGUCCUUUGGUAAAGUAAAAAUACCUUUUUAAUAUUUUUGCCAUAAAAAUAUGCCGGCUGUAUUCUUAAUUCGUUAAAAAAAUUGGCAGCUUAUGUAUAUAUAAUGGGGAUGGCCCAAACUUCAGGUCGAUUCGGGAAAUUUAGAGAGCCACAACUAGAUAUUUUAAAAGCCAGGAGUCCAUGUUUAUUUACAUCAAACGUUUAAAAUACCAAAACUGGUUUCGAAUGAAAAGAAAUUUAAUUUUUCAGACAUUGAGCAAUUUUAGUUUGCUGUAUUUGAUUAUUUUUUAUUUUAAAGAGCCGUAAUGCUUGCUUGCGAAAACGGCAGAUGGCUCGCGACCUGCACCAAAAAAAAAAAAAAACCAUUUUGUGUAAUGAAAAUAUCUUAUCUUUACUGGAGAUAAAUUUAUCUGCAUGUGAACAAAAUAUUUAAAAAAAAAAGGCAUAAUUAUUUAUUUAAGAAUACUGAGUGAAAUAAUAUAGGUAAUGCCUUCAUGGUGAAAAAAAUCGGAUAUGCUCUUUCCAUCAUUUGUACUGAAAUCACACCUUGCAAAUUGUUGGGAACUACUAUUUAGUGUGCUAUGUUUAGUCAUACUUUAUACCUAUGUUUUUCAGUGUAUCAUAUAUUUAUGUAAUUUAUUUAUUUAAACUAAACUGCAAAAAGCUGCUGAGUUAGAAAGCAAUCCUGCUCACAUUUUUUGUUAAAAGGGAUGCAUAUUAUAAGCAAGGCAAGAGCGAGUUGCCAAAAUUUUAGUAGAGGCAAGUUGGUUUUGAUAGUUGAUAUUGUUUUAUAAUUUAAAUAACUGUCAAAUCGCACAAUUUAAAAACCUAAUUGCGCAUAUGAAAUGGUUCAUUGGAGACAAAAAGUGAUUUAGUAAAAGAAAAAUUCUUUAAUCUAAAAGAGAAUUUUAUUUAAGAGGUUAUUUAGAUAUUUAUUUCACAUUUUACUAUUCCAAAGUUUAUUUGUAAAUUCUUCAUUUGUGUGAAAACUAUUUCUUGUAACAAUACUGUUUUCUAUAGGUAGAUUACAUUAUUGCAGUUUCUGGUAAGAAUUUUAAAUUUGAAUGUGCAAUAAAAAGGAAGAGAUAAAUCAAAUUCAACUAUAUCAUUUGAAUAGAUUAUAUAUGUAUUAUUGUUAUAAAGAAAUUUUGUAGAGCUAUAAUAUUAGAAUAUAUAUAACCAUUUUUUGUUUUUAAAUAAAUUAUAUUUUUUAUAUUUAAUUAAUAUAGCUUUUGAAAUCAAAAUGUAUUCAUAAGUUUGUGUUUUUAACAUAGAAAUUUAUUAAAUAUAAAAAUCUGCAACUGUAAUUUAUCCAUGACAAAGGAAGACUAAAAUUUGUUUUAUGCAUGGAAAUAUAUGAAAAUUUAAUGUGUUUUGUUACACAUUUGGUGCCUUAUUUUACUUUAAUCCAUUGGACCAAAAUGUCUGUAUAUUAGUCUUUGGAUCAUUACUGCAAGACGUUUAAACUACAUUCCCUAUUACAAAUAAAGCAUUUUUAAUCAGGUUUA